CACGCUGCCUCCCCGCGGUGCCUUCCAGGCCCGCUCCGUACGUGUCUCCCGCGCGAGGAGCCACCGCAACGGCGGCAGCCCCACGGCACGUACGCCCGCUUAUAAGCGCUCCUCACCCCGAACUCUCGGAUUACGUCGCCGGGCGUGCGUUCUGUAUUAUCUCAUGUACUCCUACUCGCUCCGGGCUGCUAGCAGCGGCAACACGGGACUCGGCUUCGCGCUCGGUCGGUUCGGCGGCACGAGAGGCGGUGGUGUCGCGGCGCUAGGCUUGGUAGCGCCCGUAGCCGCUUCGUCCCGAGGGAGGAGCGUCUCUGCGACGUCGGCCGCCAACUCGCCGGUACCCGGGGACCAGGGCGUCGGCAUGGAGCAGCCACGGCAGGGCGCUGACCGGGAGAACGCCCGCGACGACAUGCACAAGGCCACCCGGGACGUGAUGACGAUCUCGUUCGGGGAGGCGUACUCGACGCGGUCGGACGAUGAGGGGUUCGGAGGGGUGUACGGAAGGAAUAACCCCGUGGAGCACCCCGGCACCGAGAUCCAUCCGAGCCAUCCCGAGGACUACACGUCGCAGGGCUCGGAGGUUAAGGAGGAGAUGGCGCGCCACCUCAAGGACGAGAAGCACGCCACCUAGGAGAUCAAUCGGGCUUACCGCAGUCCUAGUGACGUUUGCUUUGCUCCCGUGGCGUUGUGCGCUGGUUCGCUGCUUAAUUUCGGAUUGUCUCCAGAGUUUGCCGUGAUGUAAAAAUUUAGUACGCUGUUUUAACUUUGAAGGAGCCUAGCUCUCAGAGUCUCAGUAGUAGCAGUGGUCUUGCUGCUGCAUGAACGACGAGGACUGGCUCCUAAUAAACGGCCGUCCGUGUCGUUUUUUUUACCAUUUGAUACGUGUCCUAGGGCCGUGUCUCGUCCGGAUUUACUACCAUUUGAUAUAGUACAGGGCCGCACGGCCAUCUGUCGCACCGACGUAUCAUGUGACGGUGUUGUUUGCUCUGCAGUCCUCAGGAGCUAGCGCAGUUUGAGGUCUGAUGGGUUGGCCAUUUGCGAGGAGCUUCCCUACUUAGUCUAGCUGGGAACUACGUAUGUACUGGGUCCAUGUGUCGGUCUAUUGAAUAAAGGGUACUGGUCUAUUGAAUAAA